AUGAACAUGACACAGACAUUGUGUAAUCGACCGAUGAGAGACAAGGCCGCAACGUACCAGAUUGUCAGCAAUACGCUCGUCAUCAUAGCCGCCUUAUUUAUCGUGCAACGGUUCGCAUACAAAUUCUACGCGCGCCUUGAGCUGGGCCUCGACGACUGGUGUACUCUGCUCACUCUGGUGGCGGGCAUUCCGAGUACCGUGAUUAACGCUCAUUUCCUUACCGACAAUGGCAUCGGCCGGGAUAUCUGGACCCUAACGCCGGAGCAAAUCACCAAGUUUAGCCUGUACUUUUACAUAGACGAAAUCAUUUACCUGGCCGAAGUGUCGCUUGCCAAGCUCGCACUGCUCUUCUUCUACAUGCGCAUCUUCCCGAGCAGAAAUGUCCAACGCUUACUCUGGGGCACCAUUGCUUUCGACAUUGCCUUUGGCCUGGCUUUUGUCCUGGUUGCCAUUUUCCAGUGCAAGCCCGUCAACUACUUCUGGGUCAUGUGGGACGGCGAACACAAGGGCCAGUGCCUGAAUAUCAACGCAAUAACGUGGUCGAAUGCCAUCAUCAGCAUAUCGAUGGAUGUUUGGAUGCUGGCUAUUCCGCUGUGGCAGCUGAGGACUCUCAGGCUAGGAUGGAAAAAGAAGGCCGGAGUGGCCGCCAUGUUUUCCGUGGGCGCAUUUGUAACGAUUGUCAGCAUUCUGCGCCUGAGAUCACUCAUCGCCUUCUCCUAUAGCACCGAAAAUCCAACCUGGGACUUCUUUGAUGUUGGUAUUUGGUCCGACAUUGAGAUCAAUGUCAGUAUGAUAUGCGUCUGCUUGCCGUCAUUCCGACUGCUGCUGGUUCGAUUGUUUCCUCGGCUCCGAGAGACGACCCAGCAAUACUAUGUCGACAGAAGAACAGGCGACAAGAUGCACAACACGGGGUCUCGAGGAGGGGGCGGCGACUCCCAAAAUGGAAGAGAUGGCAACGCAGCCGGCGAGGGUGGCAAUGGGAUAUGGUACCAGAAGUCUUUCACAGUCAAAUAUGUUGAAGCAGACGAGUUGCAACUUGUCUCAGUUCGCGACCGAGACAGAGCAAGUGCCAAGUCGGCGUCGUCUUUGAGCUAA